AUGUCGGAAAACACCUCUGCAAUUGAAGAUGAGGUCGACGUUCACUUCGAACCUGUAAUCAAGCUCACCGAGCAAGUCGACACGAAAACUAAUGAGGAAGAUGAGGAAGUUCUUUUCAAGAUGCGCGCAAAGCUGUUCCGCUUUGACGCUGACUCUACUGAAUGGAAGGAGCGCGGAACUGGUGAUGUUCGUCUGCUUUCGCACAAGGAAACCAAGAAAGUCAGACUUGUGAUGAGACGCGACAAGACCUUGAAGGUUUGCGCAAACCACGUUAUUUCUGGUGAUAUGCGAUUGCAACCCAAUGUCGGAUCUGACAGGAGCUGGGUCUGGAAAGUUGCCGCAGACUACUCUGAACAGCCUCCUACCGCAGAAACUCUUGCCAUCCGCUUUGCCAAUCCCGAGAAUGCUAAGCUUUUCAAGGCUGCCUUCGAAGAUGCUCAGAAGACCAAUCUGGCGCUAAGUGGCAAAGCCCCAGUCCAGACAGAGGGUGCCACGAAAGAGGAGGAAGAGGAGAAAGUCGAGGAAAAGACUGAGGAAAAAGAGAAUGCAGAAGAGGAAAAGCCUACUGAGGAAGAGCCGAAGAAGGAUUAA